GAGCAUAUGCAUGAUCGAGUAAGGGCCUUGUUAAACUUGAAUAAUGUCUCCAUACCGUCAAGAGUGAUAAUGACACUUUUAUUACAAAAUGAAUUGCUGGGGAGGUGAAUACAACAGCCAUUGACUAUUGUUCUCACGGUAUCAGGAUGCAAAUGUGUUUUCCCACGGGUGUUUCUUUCUAGUUUUCGAGUUACGUUACAACCAGACUUUCUCAUGCGAAUGUACACCAAUAGUAGAUCUGUAAUAGAUUUCAGCAGCAUGAUUCCGUAGCUUACCAACAUAUUGGAGAAUGUGACAUUUUGAUAUUUUAAGGAAAGCGUGUAUUACACUUGUGACUUAGAGAAAACUUCAAAAGAUCCCUUUGCUUUUGGUAGAGGCAAUAUAUUGUCAGUAUAAGCGGCAAGCACUAUGAGCAUGAAUACUCCCUAUAUUUCACCGUAUUCGGAGAUUUAACCGACGAACCUGUGAUAUCACCAUGAAUGAACAACAGUUAUUCGCUCCUCAGGAUACAUAUGGCUAUAGUGUAGGACCAGAACACUUGGCCAACACUGAGGUGCUUCUAUCGUGUUCCCAGUCCGCUCCCAAUGGCCAUCCGAUCGGCUUUCCGACCUCCAACGGGGACAAUUCUUACCUGCUCAGUGACGCCCAGACAAUGUACAGUCCACAGCAACUCAGGGCCCCGGUACCCAGCCUGGGCGGGAUUAACCAUGCCCAGCGACAUCUAAAGGGCCACAUGGCUCAGAGCAGCUUCGAGAAUCCAGUUGACUUAUCCAGUAGUAAACUAGUUGGCUUGAACAGACAUAUAAAAGAGGAAACGGUGCAACAACAUCACCAUAGCUACGGUGGUAACCAUGCAACAGUCACUUCCUCCAUGACAAUAGGGAUACCCAGCCAAGCUUGUGAUGCAUCUCACAUGGUGGCAGGGUCCCUUACACCACCAGAAAAAAUCAAUGGAGAGUUAGUUCCCAUGGCAACUUCCAGCCCACUCAGCAUUAGUACCAUAGCACAGACUCUAGCAGCACCCCCCAGUCCCAUCUCAACUCCGUCCCCAAGGUUCUCGUCAAAUGGCUACGAGCAUCCUCCACAUCGAAGUCAAUACCAAGACCAGAGACUUACAAGGGAAGCUAUGAGAACUUACCUAAAAGACAGAGGCGACCAGAUACUUGUAAUUUUACAUGCAAAAGUUGCACAAAAGUCAUAUGGUAAUGAAAAAAGAUUUUUUUGUCCGCCUCCCUGUAUAUAUUUAUUUGGAAAUGGAUGGAAAAAGAAAAAAGAGGAACUGGAGAGGGAUGCGGCGUCAGAUCACGACUCAAUUGUGUGUGCCUUCAUGGGGAUCGGUAACUCAGACCAGGAGAUGGUGCAGCUUAACCUGGAGGGAAAGAAUUAUUGUGCUGCUAAGACAUUAUAUAUAUCCGACUCUGAUAAGAGAAAACACUUCAUGUUAACGGUGAAGAUGUUCUAUGGAUGUGACCAAGAAAUUGGUGUCUUCAAUAGUAAACGUAUAAAAGUCAUAUCAAAACCCUCCAAAAAGAAGCAGUCAUUGAAAAACGCUGAUUUAUGUAUAGCCUCAGGGACAAAAGUAGCACUGUUUAACCGACUUCGCUCUCAAACUGUCAGCACCCGGUACCUCCAUGUAGAAAAUAACAACUUCCACGCCAGCUCAACAGAAUGGGGUGCUUUCACCAUACACCUCCUGGACGAAAACGAAGGUGAAUCUGAAGAGUUCACAGUCCGGGAUGGUUACAUCCAUUACGGUUCUACCAUCAAACUAGUCUGCUCUGUCACAGGAAUAGCUCUACCUCGCCUUGUAAUACGAAAAGUCGACAAGCAGACAGCCAUAUUGGAUGCUGACGACCCUGUAUCCCAACUGCAUAAGUGUGCGUUCUACAUGAAAGACUCGGAGCGCAUGUAUCUCUGUCUCUCUCAGGAACGAAUUAUUCAGUUCCAGGCCACACCGUGUCCAAAAGAACUUAAUAAGGAGAUGAUAAAUGAUGGAGCUUCCUGGACGAUCAUCAGCACGGAUAAAGCUGAAUACACCUUCUAUGAGGGGAUGGGGCCGGUCAAGAGUCCAGUCACACCUGUACCUGUGGUCAGUACGUUACAUUUAAAUGGAGGAGGUGAUGUAGCAAUGCUGGAGCUGUCGGGUGAGAAUUUCACGCCUGCGUUAAAGGUCUGGUUUGGUGAUGUGGAGGCAGAGACUAUGUUCAGGUGUGAAGACACUAUGUUUUGUGUGGUACCCGAUAUAUCUGCCUUCAGAGCAGGAUGGCGGUGGGUACGACAACCCCUUCAGGUGCCUGUUUCUCUAGUGCGAUGUGAUGGUAUAAUAUUCUCUACAGGAUUAACAUUUACAUAUACACCCGAGCCAGGCCCCCGGCAGGGCUGUCGGGAAGUGGACCGCAUCAUCCACGGCCGAACAUCAAGUCCCGACUCGACCUCUCACUACAAUCUUAUGGACGAUGCCGUUAAUAGGACUACCCACUGACAACACCUUGGACUUGUGAUAUUAUAAAUACAGCAGCCUCAAACAUCAGCUACAGAUUUAUUCUGAGAUCAUAAACUGUAAUAUGUUCAGCAACUACAGGCUUCAGUGAUCAGUGACUAUGUAGUUGAAAGGUCAAAGACCACAUAGUGUUCUCCUGCUAUUGUCAGAAACAAAAACUAAAUUUGUGGUCAGUCGACACUUAACACAAAUGCCUACCUGUGUGCUCCAGACAAUGAUACACUGAGCUCUGAUUGGCUACAGUGACAGGCAUCACCAGGGAAACGAUUAUCUGUGUUCCAUAAAUAGAGGAAAUAGUGAAAAAGAACGGUAGUGGAGAGAGGAUUUGAAGGCUUAUUAAGGUUGCUUCUUGUUAGUUCUCUUGCUCGUUGUUACACAGUGCUAAAUUUUGCUUUGUAAGCAUUUUAAAAUGUUAGUUACCUCCCUUUGAUAGUUUCCAUGGAUACUGUGAAAUUCCUUGCAUGGUUUCUAUGGUAUUUUUUUAAAACCACCAAAUUAUGUUUUGUUAUAAAUCAAUUGACCAGGUGGAACAAAGACUUCACUCAUCCAUGAUCAUUAAUUAAAAUAUCAUACAGUCACUAAAACUAUUUUUAUGUCCUCUUUUCAUUUUAUGACAAAGUGAAAUAUCUUAAAAGUCCCUGUUUGUCUUAUGAAAACCUGAAUAUUAAUUAUCAUAAUAUUUUUCCAAAUUGAGUAUUGAAAUUGUGGAGCAGAUAUUUUUUAAAAAGAGGAAUUUUUCAAAAAGACAUGAGAAGUGUUUUCUUUAUACUUGUAUAUGCCCUGAUAUGGCAGCACACACAUCUACUGACGGCAGUUCUCUCUGUAGACCUUCUAUCAGCCUGUUUCUAUGCCUGAUUUAUAGUUCAUCUGAUGUUAUGAUAGUUUACUAUUCUACCUAUGUGCUGUAUUUGAUAAUAUGGCCAUACCAAGUUAUGCAAUUUCACGUCAUUUUACAUAAUUUAUAUAUUUAUAUUUACCACUCACUGGUAAAUUACAUAAUAUCGAACAGAGAAUCUAAUAUUUGAUAAUGAGAUAUGAAAGAUUUUUUAGACUAAAUCAACAUAUCUUCCUCUUCGAUAUACAGUGAACAUGAUUUUUUAUCUUCAGAAAACUAAUUAAAAAUUGACUCUUCAAACAACAUGUUAACACUUCUCACAUGUGACUUGUUAGACCCCUGGCUGUUAAUAGGACGUUAAACAAAAAUAAACUGUAAACAAAGACUUGUUAGAGAGAUUUAAGGCCUCUAAGUGUGGUACAAUGUACAUGUAUGUAACUUACAAGAUCUAUUGAUACGUAUUGCUGUUUGACUGCAAAUACUUCACCUCUAGUGAGGUUUUUAUACACUCUUUACUAUUCUGGAGAAGGUGAAGGGGGAAGGGUACUCAAUUCAAGCACUCUUCUUUUUCCCUGGGUAUUUUACCAUGCUGAGAGGAGGGGGCUUAUUUACUGUCAACACAAUAGUCUUGCGUCAGGCUUGCAUAAUUAGGAGACUAGUUAUAUAUACAUAUAAUGUACAGUCCAGUAUACAAAUCCUGUUUGCCAGUAUAGGUAAGGAUCUGUGUUCUGUACAGUACAUAAGGCUGUGAUAAUAGAUUCAAAGUCUCAUGAAUUUUUGUCAAACAUACAUAAUUUACAGUUCAGUAGUUAUAUUGGAAAGCAUGCAUAUAAAAAUCAGUGGGUUGUGCCAAUGUUAAUUACCAUACAUAGGAUCGUGCAUAAGAUUGGAUAUUGAUUAACUCGAAAGUGUAAUGUGCCUUCAAUGGUACUAAAUCUACGAACAGAAAGUUUAUUUGAUUUGUCAGUGUAUAGUGUGGUACUCUGAUGAUACUGUUAUGAUUUAAUGGGUCUAAGUAUUCUGAUGAUAUUGGCAUGAUUUAAUGGGUUUCGAGAUGUUUUUAAAUAUUUUAAGGAUAUUAUGAAAACAAACCAUCCAGAUUCUUUCUCUAUUGAACACCAGUCGUUGUAAAAGAAAAUAUAUUUGUGAUAAGUUGCCUACCUUUUGCUAGCCAUGACCACCUCUUAACUAGAAACCCUUUAGUCCAGUAACACCUGUACUGUAGCCUUGACGAUUCAGACAAUAUACAAGUGUACUCUAAAAAUCACAGCAUAGUGGCUUUAAAGCAAGUUAUAAUUCGAUUUCCUUCAAGCUUUUCCCCCCAAAAGUAUAAAGUGUAUGAAAUACACUCAAACUUCGUUAUCAUGAACUCUGAGUGUGACUCAAAGUAAAAAUUCAAUUUAAUGAGUAAAUUAUAUAUAAAGUGUUCUUGGUUACCUCGACUGUAAAAAUUAGAGGAACAUCUUUUAUAUCUACCGUAUUAUAGAUGACCUGGAUUUCAUCAUCUUCCCAGUACCAGAUUUACGCCAGAAAUUAAAAGAAAAACAAUUUCUUUUUAGUUUAAUCUAAUUAUACCUGUUAUUCUACUGCAGUAUACUAUAGGAUUUUGUACUGAUUUUAAAUCACAAGUGUUAUACUCACUAAAAUAUAGUGGUUACCUUCCAUACUCAGCCUACCGACCGCACAACAUUUACAAUCAUAGAGUUAUAAAAUUAAUUAACUUAUUAAUUAUAAAAAAUCUCUACAAGCAUAUUAAUUAUAAAAAUCUCACCUUGUAGUCACUAAGUAAAAAACCACCAAUGUAAAAUAAAUGGCCAUCAGAUGAGCAUUAUGUUGUUGAUGAAAGUCAAGUUCUUUAAAUAAGGGCAUUUAUUUUAGCUUGAACUGUAUUUUUUGCUAGGAACCAUUAUUAACGGCUUAUUUUGCUUUGUAAUGUUGCUGCAGGAGUUUCUUGUUUAGAGAAGAUACCCAUCUUUAAAACCCCUUGAUCAUAAAGCAGUUGUUUAGUUUUGUCCCUGUUUGAGAUGGCAAUUUUACAUGUAAAGGCGAAAAUUAUAUUUCCAAACAAAAAUAAAUUCUGAUGGAUACAUGUAGAUUUACUUACGUAUUUAUUUUAACUGUUGCUGCUUGUUCUAAUUAAUGUCUGAAAUAGGAAUGUGGAUGCUUAUAUUAAGUAAAAAGUAUAGUACCUCUGGUUUGUUACAUGCCUCUGUAAUUGGGCUACAUGCAUAAAAUUCAUAAGAGUCCUCAACAACUAUUUUAUAUAUAUUUAUUUAAAAAAAAAACUUUAACUUUUUUUUUUCUUUAAAUAUAAAAUAUCACAUACAGAAUAUUAGCAGAACAUUGCUGAACCAGUUGAGAACUUGUUAUAGAUGGUGUAUUUUAUCACUUCCCACCCACAUAAAACCCCCUUCUUCAUUUUUGCAGAAUCAUCGAUUUUAAUGUAGUAAGCUAAAUAUGGUUCAUAAACAAGCUCUCCCAAAACUUUAAUGCUAAAUUUAUACAUUAGGGGAAGGGUCUUAUUUGGGGACAAACGCAGUACUAAAAUCUUACAAUAUGGGAGGGGUCUUUGAGGAUAAAUACACUACUAAACUUUUACACUAGGGGAGGGGGUCUUAUGUAGGGACAAACACAGUAAUAAAAUUUUACACUAGGGGAGGGUUUUAUUUAGUGACAAAUGCAUUACUAAUUUUAUACACCAGGGGAGGGGGCUUAUUUGGGGACAAACACAGUACUUAAAUUUUACACUGGGGAGGGUCUUAUUUGGAUAUAAAUAUGAUAUAUUACCUAGUGAAAACUUGACAGUACAGGAUUUAUAACUGCUGUUAAUGUUAAGGUUGAGAAUGGUAGGAUAGGAGACCUAGCUGAAUUAACCACCAGAUACCUACUAUUGCUUUAGCACAUAUAAAUAGCACAACAUUUCAUCGACAUUUAUCAAAAUAUUAUUUAUUUAUUUUAAGUUAAACUAAUGAUGAAAACAUACUUUUGCACAUUGAAAUUAAAAACCUAUGUUAUCGAUUGUUACACUGAAGAUGAAAUGUUUUUGUAUCUGAUUUUCUGAUCAGAAUUUUUUUAUACAACUCUGGAAAAUUAGUGAUUUAUUUAGCUGAUUAUUGAAAUUGGCUGAAAUCCAAUAUUUUAAUGAGAUUAAUUCAGAUUUCAUCUCAAAAUUGACUUUUACAACUGCAAAAAGUUAUGAAUUGAAUUGAACAGUGAUCUGGGAUACGUUAUAAACAUAGUGAUGAUGAAUGGUGUCGAUAGGCAAUCAGAUUUAUAUUUUCACAGAAGAAAUCACGCUCCUUCAAUCAUUGUAUCAUUCCUCUGGCUGGGAAAUGGCAGUAUCCAUCGAGAACAUAUCAUUACAUUUAAGGAGAAAUUUACAUACAUUAAAAAAUAUUUUGCAUGACAGAGUGAAAUAGAAGGCAGCACAUUAUGGGUUGGUUUAGAUUUGGAUAAAUCAAGAUACUAUUGUGAAAAUUUGAUGGACCCCAAAUGCAGACUGGAAAAAGUCUUCACUAGGUUUUUUAGAUGAACUUUUUGAAAAGGCAGCAGGUGUUUAGGCAUUUUGAUAUCAUCAGCAUGUUUAUAUACCUAGGAUUGUUUCAAAAAUAUUUUCAUAUGUUUGUGUCAGAUCUGCUAACAAUUUGUAAAUCCAAAUAAUACAAUGUUCUCUUCAUCAGAAAAUAAGCUAAAGGGACAUAACUCUGUCAGCAGAGAAUGUGCACAAUAUUUAAUUAUAGAAUGCUGUAUAAGGAUGUUUUACCUAUUGCUGGACUUAUUAAUUUUCCAUUUUGCCAAAAUUGAUGUGCUUCUAUUAUAUAUGUAUAAUUUAUGUAUUACUUCUGCUUUUUAGAGUUAAUUUUGACAUGCAUAUCUUCCUAAUGCCCGAGUUUACAUAAUAAAAAUUGUGAGCUCUCUUCUGCUAUAGAUAUCAAUAUGUAUAUAGGUGUACAUUUGUACUAUAAUGCUGUAUUUCUUUAUAUAAUAUGUAAAUAUAAUACUAUUUUUUCUGUCCUAAAGUGCCAGUAUAAUUUUUUAAAAAUUAAAAACUUGAUGAAUUUAUAAACUAUGAAUUUGUCACAAUAUUGAGAUACGUGUAUUGUUAAUUGAACCAAAAUUUCAGGUAUUAUGUAAAUAUGUAUCAGUAUGUAAAUAAACACAAACAACUUCACCUUUAA